CACACACACACACACACACACACACACACACACACACACACACACACACACAUUUACACAGACACACACACACUCACAGGGAGGGAGUGUUACUCCUCUGUUUCUUCUCUUACUUCCUGAAUCAACGCUUUCUCAAAUAUGUGGAGCCACAAACAGAUUAUCACUCUGGACCUUUAACACACAGAGCCACAGAUUAUCAUACCAAAGCAGAAGUUCACUCGCUGCUGUGAAACAUGUUUCUGUGGCGAUACUUGACUCUUCUCCUGCUGACAACAGCCCACACGUGCAAAGCUAAGAAAUGUGGCAGGUUUACAGAUCUUCAUCUCGGUCAUUCAUUUAUUGGCACCAGUCUCAAAGUCCGGUUGUUGCUGUACACCAGACAUAAUGACGUCUGUGGCGUCCUUUUAUCCCACACCAACCUAACGCAGCAUCCCCAGUUCAACAUGUCCAAACCCACCACCUUCGUCGUUCAUGGGUACCGACCCACUGGCUCUCCUCCUGUGUGGCUGUACAUCACCAAGAUGCUGCUGGACAGGGAGGACAUGAAUGCUAUACUGGUGGACUGGAACCAUGGAGCCACUACUCUGGAUUAUUUGAGAGCCGUGAAGACCACACGCAAAGUGUCGGACAACCUCACAGCUUUCAUUAAAAUGAUGCAGGAUCAUGGUGCUUCUCUGAGCUCAAUCCACAUGAUUGGAGUCAGUCUUGGAGCUCAUAUAUCAGGAAUGGUUGGAGCUAACUUUAAUGGAUCAAUUGGAAGAAUCACAGGUCUGGAUGUUGCUGGGCCUAGUUUCAAUAACAAGCCUCCAGAAGAUCGACUGGACCCGACCGAUGCUCAGUUUGUAGAUGUGCUGCACACAGACACUGACGCUCUUGGCUUCAGGGAACCUCUUGGUCACAUUGAUUUCUAUGCUAAUGGAGGAGCAGACCAACCAGGCUGCCCCAAGACCAUCUUUUCUGGAGGAUCCUACUUUAAAUGUGACCACCAGAAAUCAGUGUUUCUUUUCCUGGACACGGUGAACAGAACAUGUUUCACCAGAGCCUAUCCUUGCUCAUCCUAUGAAGACUUUCUGGCUGGAAAAUGUUUGAACUGUGACCGCUUCGGAGAUGCCGGAUGUCCUAUCUUUGGCUAUGAUGUUAUACAGUGGAAAGACAAACUGCUGAAAUUGAACCAGGAGAAAUACUUCUUCACCACAAAUGCUGACUCUCCAUAUUGCAAGACAAACUACAAGGUGGAUGUGAUGAUCUGGAACAAGUCUGAGCGUUGGGGGUACAUCACGAUUAAACUCUUCGAUGGAAAUAAAGAAGCAGUAGCAACUAUUGAUCACGAAGCUUCAGAGUUCAGGAAGUUCACAGAAACUAAAAUGUUGGCUCAGUUUGACUCAGACGUUCAGUCGGUGAAGAAGGUCUCCAUCAUGUUCACCACCGGGCAGGUGUUACAGCCCAAACGGACCCUUCGACUCCUCAGAGUUCGGCUCACGCACCUGSAAGUCAAAAAGCCUCUGUGUCGAUACGACGUUCUCCUCCAAGAAAACACAGAAGUCACCUUCAGYCCUCUCCCAUGUGAAGAGUCCCACUUCUGAAACCAAACUCUGGAUUGUUCUGGUUCAAAUGUUUCUUGGGAUUGUGCAG